UCCACGAUGUGGCCAGCACGCCGAAGCACCGUGCUCGCGGCGUUGGCCGCCCAAGCCCUAGCCGUCACGCAAAUCACGGACGAGGAGAUGCGAACCCUGCUGAACCAAGAUGACGGCGUCGAGCUUGCGGACCGCUACGCGCCGCUCUGGUUCUUCGGCCAAGCCCUGAACGAGGAGCCCUGCUACCCGACCUGGGCCUUCGGGGGCUCGCCCGACUCGCCCGACGUCUACGACGCGGCGCACCAGACCGCACCGGGGCCGCAAUGCGAAUACCCCGACGUGGGCUGCGAAUGCCGCAACCCGGGCGUCGACGCCGGGAAUCCCGGCCCCGCGUCCGCGUUCCCGAUCUACUACACCGUGCAGCGGUGCAAUGAGACCGAAGUGCGCGUGGUCUAUAAUCUCUUCUAUGAGAAGGACGGGGCCAAGGUGCUCGACCUGAUUGACACCGGGCAUGACUAUGACUGGGAAAGAGUCAUCAUUGUGCACUCGCGCGACGCGACCGAGCUGUGGGCGCCUUCGCGCGCCCUGCUGUCGGCUCACAGUGGCUACCACAAUCUGGCCUGGAGCCAGAUCCAUAGCACGCUGACGAGCGAGGAGAUCGCGGCUGGCGACGCGCGCGCGCCGGACGGGGUGCGUGGGAAUGACCAUCCGAAGGUGUAUGUCUCGUGGUCGAAGCACGCGCAUUUCGACACCAGGGACACGAUCUGGGUCGACCCGAUCAGCCAGUCCACGGACAAUGCAUUUCGCAGUGAUGAUUGGUGGUACUACGUCGAGCAGCAGUACUAUAUUCGAUCGGACAAUUCCACCGAGGCAGGGAAAGCCUUGGGCGGCACGGAUUGGGGAUCGGCGACCAGCAAUCCUCCCUCUGUGCAGGCAAGCACAAUAAACAAAGCAAUGUCCUGGCUCCAAAAAUCCUUCACCCUCCCCUCCCGCUCGCGGGGCAGCUACCUCAUCACGGACCAGGUGCUGUCCGAGCUGCCGGAGAUCCGGGACUACAAGGCCGGCCUGCUGAACCUGUUCGUGCAGCACACCAGCUGCGCGCUGUCGCUGAACGAGAACUGGGACGAGGACGUGCGGGCCGACAUGAGCGACGCGCUGGACCGCAUCGCCCCCUACGACAAGAAGGGGAACCUGUAUCGCCAUUCCGCGGAGGGAGAGGAUGAUAUGCCGGCGCAUAUCAAGUCCGCGUUGGUCGGGGCUUCGGUGACGAUCCCGAUCACGAACGGUCGGUUGGCGACGGGGACGUGGCAGGGGAUUUGGUAUUUGGAGUUCCGCACGAGUCGGCACUCGCGGAAGGUGGUGGCUACUAUCCAGGGUGAGAAGGCGUGAGUUCGAGGGGUCUAAUGGUGGGUUUGCUGUGAGGGGUGGUAUAUAGCUUCGAACCAACCCAGAAUGGAGAGAUACG